AUGCAGGAUGACGACGACGAUUUGGAUACUAGCAAUACGGAGGGGUCAGAGUCGCAGUCGGAGUCGCAGUCAGAGUCGCAGUCAGAAUCACAGUCGGAGUUGCAUGCCACAGCGAUCGAGGGCCGACGGAGUUCGCCGAAGAAAUCCAAAGACAGGCGAAAAUCAACUAAAAAGCAUGCCGAAGCGGAGAACGAGUUGAGGUCCCAAGUCGAGGCUGUUCAAGGUCAACUGCGAGCUGUGUAUGCCGAAGCAGAUCGGAAGCAAAGUGUAGUGAACAACCUUUCCGAGCAAGUGGAGAAGCGCUCUGAUGCAAUUAGAAAAUGCGGUGCGGAGAUUGUGAAGCUCAGGAAGUACAUCGAGGACGUCGAUCAAGAACGUUGCCGCCUUCACUUGCAACUGAAAUCUCUGCGCAAGACCACGGCGGAGGCUGAAAUGGAAGCCAACCGGGUGAUGAAGGCUAUGGAGGACGAAGAUCCUUCCCGAGGGCUUCAUGGAGACACGGGCGGACGUCACACACGUGCUUUAGCGAAGCGGUGCAUAGUGCUGACAGAAGAGAAUCGAACGCUACGCAGGGUUGCGCAGGACUGUGCGCACGAGCGAUGGCAAACAGCAGUGCUAAAGUCAGAGAUGGAGAAAAUGAAAAAUACUCAGCACGUGCAGGCGGUCUACAUACGCAAAAUGCAGGCACUUCCGGGAAAGGUGUCAGCCUACAAGUCGACUGUUACUAUGCAAGAGAAAGUAAUUGCGAAGCUGGAGAUGCUCAUCGCCGGGCGCCGGGCUGUGAACAGUGGAAGCACUGAUGACGGGGAGGAUCCCUCUACGGAGACGAAAAGGAGCGGCAAAGGCCCCGAGGUCGAAAGACUCAGAAAAGAGAACGCAUCACUACGAUGGAGGCUCGCGAUGGCAGGGACCAAGAGCAGCAUCGAUGUCCAGGGCCAAGCCUCUGACGAUGCUGGCGUGAUGCUGAAAAUGAAAGACACCAAGAUCCGCAUCCUUGAAGAACAGAUGGUUACAAAUGCAAAGGCAGCUGGAGAAGAGAUUGCGGCUCUUCACAUGCGUCUGAUGGAGAUGGAAUUUCAUAAGAGUGACUCAAUGCACACGAGCACGGAGGGUGUCAUGUCUACAAGAGAUCCUAACAGCUAG